AUGAUCAAGCUUAUAUUGCUACCUGAACGGGCGAUACCUGUUUCGUUUGAAUCGCUGUCCACACUGCUACUCGGCAGCCUCUCUGUCACCUUGCAGAUAACGAGGACCCUCAAAGUGACACAAAGAGACAUGCUAGAUCUUAAAGACCCAGUGGUCUACGAGCACCACAGUAACCGACACUCGGCGGACCCCACGCUCGGCAACAUGCAGUUCAGCCUGGCGCAGCAGUUUUUCCGCCAUGAUCUCCGGUUGUACUUCUACAUCUGCUUUUCGGCACUGAAGUGGCUUCAGGGUACAACAUAUGCUUAUUCCAAGCCAUGA